ACACCUCCCUCGCUUGUCCUCAGAUACCCUGACCUCCAGCGGAACCCUGGACCCCUGGUGGAACGCGUGUCAGUCUAUGGCCACGCCCAUCUGCUUCUCCACGCCUUCUCUUUUGGCUUUGGGACCACCUCCUGCUUCAAGGUGUACCACGCCCUUCGUAAGGCCCGCCCCCAACAGGAAGUGGAGUUCUUUCACCCAGUCUACCUGCUUGAGCUGGACAGGUUCUGGCGUCGCCGCGGGCAACGAGCCCCACGGCUCUCUUCUGGUAUGAUGCUGGCCAGCACUGCUCUGGAGAUUUGUGAACAGGUUCAUCUGUACGGCUUCUGGCCCUUCCGUCUGGAUCUAUCCCAAAAUACUUUGCCCCAUCAUUACUAUGACAACGUUGGUCCAAGUCACUUCAUGCACACCAUGCCUAAAGAGUUCCUGCUAUUACUACAACUCCACAGCCAGGGGGCGCUACAGCUACAUGUUGGACCCUGUACACCCUAACAAGCGGAUGGUCGGGGGGCAGGAACAUAAUUAUAACAAUUUGUACACUGCAAAUUGACCACAACUAAGCCCAAAAAGAGGUUGUAUUUGAAAAUAACAGUAAUUUCAUACCUUGAUUACACUGAGACACAGUAUGGGCCCCCAUUGACUUUGUUUGUCACUCUCACUCAGAUAUCAUUAACAUUUACAUUUUAGUCAUUUAGCAGACGCUCUUGUCCAGAGCGACUUACAUCAGCAAUUAGGGUUAAGGGCGUAAAUCAUUGCAAAAUCUGUAGCAUUGCAGGAAAUUAGCUUUAAAACGGCAAUAAUGUA